CACAAAUUCAAAAGUGAAAGAACCAAAAUGGGAAUCAACUUGAACAUCAAACUAGCACUUCAUGUGUGUCUUUUGGGAUUGUUCUUAGUUAUAAUUCCAUCAUAUGCACAAAACUCCCCUCAAGACUACCUAAAUGUUCACAAUGCAGCCCGAGCCCAAGUGGGCGUUGGUCCCAUGAGAUGGAACACCAAUCUGGCUACAUAUGCCGAAAACUAUGCGAAGCAAAGGCUGGGUGACUGUAACCUCGUCCACUCUGGAGGGCAAUACGGAGAAAACCUAGCCAAGGGUAGUGGUGCCUCCUUCACUGGAGUGCAAGCUGUGAACCUUUGGGUUGACGAGAAAUCUUUCUAUAACUACAAUUCCAAUAGUUGCGCUGCAGGUAAAGUUUGCGGACAUUACACCCAAGUGGUAUGGAGGAGAUCUGAUCAACUUGGUUGCUAUAGAGGUCAGUGCCGAAACGGUUGGUGGUUCAUUAUAUGUAGCUACUCUCCUCCUGGUAAUUUUGUCGGACAAAAACCCUAUUGACAUCCUUAUAUAUAAGCUGAUGCAAAUUAAAGCCCACUACAAAAUUAAAGAAUAAUAUAUUAUUUCUGUUUAAAGUUUCUGCAUCAAUAAAUAAGCUUGGGCUGCAAGGA